CACUCGCCCAAAAAGCAUCUGUGCAAGUACAUAAACGAAGAGAAAAACCUAAGCAGCAUCAUAAAGCAGGAGUUAAAGCCGUCGGCCCAUCGCAAUUUCGUCGAGUGGAUCGAUUUCUGGAGACACGUCAGUUCGGCGAGGUGACCGACCUUGCCGCGAGCCCGCCGAGCCGUUCGGCCAGCGAUUCAUGAGUGCGGUGGCGAGCCGAGUGAGACCGUUUGGCGCUCGUGCCGACCGCGCGGCCGCGUGAACGUUCACCGAUCGAAUUCGGCCUGCGGCCUGUCAUCGUGGUAGCAACAGGUAGCCCGACCGAAUGCCGACGACGCCGACAUGGAACUGACCGACAUCGACUCGUGCUUCAAGGACUGGGAUGACCUCUCGGCCGAAUUCAAGAACCUCGAGGUGCUGAACAAGCAGUACAUCGCCAAACUCGAGGAGGUCGGCGAGCUGCAGGGAAAAUGCGUGAAGGAGAUCAGCCACCAGCGUUAUCGCAUGAGCGUCAUGAAAAACAGCUUAAAAAAAUUCGGCCAAGAUCCUGGCUACCAAUCUGCCGUGGAGCAGUUGGAGAAGAACAUUCUGGUCAGAAAAUCGCAGCUGUAUGAAAUGGAAGAGUCGCUGCCCAAGUCCAAUGGCUUAUAUUUGACGAUAAUCCUCGGCAAUGUCAAUGUUUCUAUUUUGAACAAAGAAAACAAGUUAAAAUAUAAAGAAGAAUAUGAGAAAUUUAAACUAGUUCUAAGUGUUAUUGGCUUCUUUUUGUCCGUCAUCAAUCUGCUCGUAAAUGUUAGGGCUCUGGAGCUGGCAUUUAUUUUCCUGUUGGUCUGGUAUUACUGCACGCUGACCAUCCGAGAGAGCAUCCUCAAGGUGAACGGCUCUCGAAUUAAAGGCUGGUGGCGGACGCACCACUUCAUCUCGACGGUGGCCGCUGGGGUUUUGCUCAUUUGGCCCAACGUUGAGACUUGGUACCACUUCCGUACCCAGUUCAUGUGGUUCAACGUCUACAUCAGUGUGGUGCAGUACCUUCAGUUCCGUUACCAGCAAGGUGUUCUCUACCGACUCCGUACCCUGGGCGAGCGGCACAACAUGGACAUCACCAUCGAAGGCUUCCACUCGUGGAUGUGGAAGGGACUCAGCUUCCUGCUGCCCUUCCUCUACAUCGGCUACGCCUUCCAGGCUUACAACGCCUACGUUCUCUACUGCCUCAGCCAAAUGCCAGGCGCUACCUGGCAGGUACCAAUGCUGAGCGUGCUGUUUUUCAUCCUGUUCAUGGGCAACCUGAUCACGACCUCAAUGGUCAUUCCGCAGAAGUUGAAGGAGCGAACCAAGCUCCGUUACAGGUACAAGAGGAGCGGAAACAAUCACAGGGAAGAGAAGAAUGACUAAAUUCGCUGUUAAUUCGUCGAUUCCAGUUUCAUUUUCUCAAACAAAAAUUUAAUUAUUUAUGAUAGAAAGUGCGUACUUACUUACUCACGUUGUAAGGGAUUGGAUUUUUAUUAAAUUAAUAUUUUGAAUUUGCGCAA